AUGGCUUCUGGACGCUCAGAACGCGUCUACCACCAGGAUUACAUUGCGCGCAUCAGAUACUCCAACACAUUACCACCUCCUCCAAACCCGCCAAAGCUCCUCGACAUCCCUGGAACUGGCAUCGCCUCAAACAACUACACAUCAGCUUCAUAUGCUCUGAAGUUGGCGCGGGAGCAGCCCCUAAAUAUUGAGGCUGAUGCCGAGCUUGGAAUGCCUAUUGACCUGGUCGGUCUGCCAGGUGUCUUUGAUGGAGACGAGAGCGACCCUCCGCCGCCGCUCCACCCCAAAGACCGAGCACUGCUCAAGCCGCUAUCAGCACUGGGGAAGCCGACGGCCAUGAACAGUGGUGUCAGUUUCCUUCGCAGAACGGAAUACAUCUCGUCCAACGCUGCCGCUGUCCAAAGAUUCGAGUCGAGUACCUCCAAAGACCUGCUACGCGUGCGCAAUGAUCCCAAGCGCCGUAAGGCACCACCCGUCAACCGCGACGACCCUAUCAACAUUAUCAGAUCGCUUGUCAAGGGCUUCGACGUUGCUUAUCCUGAAGAUGCAUACACUGGCCCAGACUCUGAGACGAACAUCCGCGGUGCUCCCAUAACUGAAGCCGACAGAAGUGCUUGGAAGAAGCCAAAACACCCUACCAAGCCCAACCUAACUCUUCUCGACGCAUACCCUCUUCUUCCCGACAUGGACGCUCUGCCAAUGACUGGCGACUACCAGAUCGUCAAAUUCAGUACCAAUCCUGUCGCUCAAUCAGAUUCCUACGAUCAGCGCCUAGAUACAGCACUAUUGCGACCACUUGGCGCAGACCUCGCCUUGCUCGAAGAGCAUGGCGAGAGCUGCUUCCAGUUCCAGCGUAUUAGGGAAUACGAAACAUAUCAGCAGGCCGGUGACGCCGACAAUGCGUACGGUGACACAGUCGCUCUUGCACUGCACGACACUGGUGAUCGUCUCGAAAAGGGUGCCUAUUUCUACCCUGUCAAACAGCGAACCAACCUUCGCCCCAAGCGUAAGACACCUGGCCCUCCUGAAGAAGGCCGUGUUGAGCACGUCGACGUGCUACACGUUAACGUUAGAGACUCCAACUCAGACGAGGCCGCGAUGCGCUCAGAAGCUCAGGCCGCGCUCGACCCCACUACAGAGAGUGCAUAG